AUGUUAGGUCCACGCACGACGCGGGUGGUAGUGGCGUUGCUUGUCCUGGCGUGGGUGGUGACCCUCCUUGCGGAGGUGCCGUUGGUCGCGGCGGAUGCUGCAGAUCCGCGCGACGAGGACGUGAAGGCCGUCAAUGCGUUGCUACAACUACCGGAGGAUGACUUCUACGCCCUGCUGGGCCUUGGUGAGGCGCGGGAGGAUUCCACCGAGCGCGAUAUCAAGAAUGCCUUCCGACGACUUUCGAAAAAGUAUCACCCUGAUGUCGCCACUGGCGAUCAGGACUCCUACCGCCUCGUGUAUCAGCGAGUGCAGCGCGCAUACGGGGUCCUCGGCGACCGCCGCAAGCGCAAAGUCUACGACAUUCUCGGCGUCGAUGGAGUGGCGAAGAUGGAGAAGCCGCAGCAGGAGCAGCAUGUGAACCCAUUCUUCGCCUUUUUCGGUGUUGGCCAGGACACCAACGGGGAGCGCGGCAAGGACAUGGAGCUGCUGAUGGUGGUGCCGCUCGAGGACAUCUACCGCGGCGCUGCGCACACGUCCAGGUUUGCCAAGCGUCGCAUCUGCCGUGCGUGCAAAGGCACUGGAGCGCGCAGCGCAGAGGACGUGGUUAAGUGCCCACACUGCCAGGGCCACGGUCGCUUGGUGCAGCGAGUGCAGAUCGCACCGGGCUUUGUACAGCAGGUGGAGCAGGCAUGCCCCCACUGCCAGGGCAAGGGUACGCACGUGGCGUACAUGUGUCCGGUGUGUGGUGGCAAGAUGGUCCGCCCUGGAGAGGCGGUGCUGAGUGUGGACAUCGAAGAAGGCCUGCCAGAGGGUCACGUGCUGACUUACGAGUUAGAGGCGGACCAGACACCCGGUCAGGUGCCCGGCGACGUACUGGUGACGGUGGUCAGCGCGCCGCAUCCGCUGUUUCGUCGCAGUGGCAAUGACCUCUACGCAAACGUGAGCAUCACACUGAAGGAGGCGCUGUUGGGCUUUGAAAAGACCCUCGCUCACCUUGACGGGCACGAAGUGGAGCUGCACUGGGACGGCGUGAUACAGAACACCCAGCAGGUACGCAUAACAGGGGAGGGGAUGCCGCGACACCACGUGCCAUCCGAACGGGGCGACCUCUACAUCACCUACAACGUGGUACUGCCCUCAGAGUUGACGGCAGAGCAGCGUGCGUUCUUCCAGGAGCACUUUGCAUAG